AUGAAGGCAUCGAUAUGGAAAACCGUUAUGGGGGAAAGCAUCAUUCUUUGCGGUGAUGGCCGAAAUGAUUCACCAGGCUUCAGUGCUAAGUAUUGUGUGUAUGUACUUAUGGAGCAGUUUGUCAAUGACAAUGUAAUCGUAGAUAUUGAAGUUGUAGACAAGCGUAAAACUGGUGGGGUGUCAACCAAUAUGGAAGUUUGUGGGCUGAAAAAACUGUUGGAACGGCCGUUGUUGGUGAGAUUGUUGUGUCAGAAAUUGCGACAGAUGCUUCCACGGCAGUUGCCGUACUGGUUAGAAGAAUGA